AUGGCUACAAAAACAGAAGCGACAGCAGAAACAGAUAUGAGAGAAGAGAAGGAAGCAAAAGAUCAAAAAGUUGGGACAAAAGAUCAUAUGACAGAAGUAGAAGCUGGCACAGAAGUGGCAGCCGAAACAGAAGUCCAGAAAAAUACAACAGAGAGAAAAGAUGGGAAAGAGAUGGAAAAGCAAGAUUUGAUAGAAGUUAUUCGAAAGAUCGAGACUAUCGAAGAAAUUCCAAUUCGAGAAAUCGAGAAUAUUCGGGAUCGAGAGAAAGGCGUUUCUCAAGAGACCGAAAAUUUUCAAAAGAAUCAGAUAGAAACAUUGAAAAAAGAGAUGACAGAUCGAGAUCAAACAGUAGAAACAGAUAUGUGA